AUGUUACUUAGUGUUCCGACAACAAAUCAACAGUUAACAGCAGCACUUUUUGAAGGCAUUACCACUUUUAUUUUAAUGUCAUUGCUCGGUCAUAUCAGUGGUGCACAUUUUAAUCCAGCAAUAACAUUAGCUGUCGGUUUUGUUGGACACUGCCGACUUGUGAUUGGAAGCUGUAUAAUUUUUGGUCAAUUUUUGGGUGCAUUUAUUGCUUCACUGUUCUGUCGAGCAUUUUUAGCAGAUGCUGCAUUUAACAGUACAUUCAAAUAUGGUAUCCCAGAAAAAGAUAGAUACUUAUACGCAAAUUCAACACAGGCUUUUUUUUUGGAAGUUAUAAUGUCAUUUGUGCUAUGUUCAGCAUAUCUGUUUACAGCAGUAAACAGUGGUGGUCGUCAAGGAAAGUUAUCAACUGUAAUUGUAGGAUUUACCAGAGCAUUAGUAACAUAUAUUGGUUAUCGAAUGAUCGGACAUUGUGCUAAUAUGGCUGUAUCGUUUGGCAAUGCCGUUUCUUCAGCAUUUUUUCUAUGCGAUUCACGUUUAUGGUCAUUACUCUAUAUUGCUGUAUUUGCCAAUUUAAUUGGUGCAUUUCUUGCCAGUCUAUGUUACUGGUAAAC